GGCCACAAUAGCCAAAUUAGAAUAAUUGCCUGAGUCAAUUCAGUUUCACCUUGAGUAGUUUGGUCUUAAAUUUGAAAUACGCCUUAAAUUUCCAGGAAUACUCACCUUAGUAAAUAACCCUGCACAUCAAAAGUUUUGAAAGGAAGGCAAAUGAAUUGCAAUGUUAAGUCCAUUGUAGUCAGAUGGGGAAAUUUUCCAUUUGUGCUGAUUUAGCCCAAAAUUUGCAACUGUAUAGCAUGUGCGCUGCUCUAGACGAUCAUGUAAGGACUGGGGUGGAGCAAUACCAUCUGCCAAUAUAAAAUGUUGGGAAUAACGAUUGCACAAUGUGUUUUUUUGCAUAACAAAGUAUAGCCUUCCCCGUCACUUUAAAUUGCUUAACUGAUAUCCACUGAAAUAGCCACCAUCGGAGAGGGCUUGACUACCGGCAAGAUCGGCAUCCAAACUUGAAAAACAAGUUAAUGAUGUCCUGGCCACACCCAUCACAAUAGGGCAUAAAAACUGCUCCUCUUUAAAUUGUUAAAUACAGUAUACCCGGUCACUGAAGAGUGCCGAUCUCUGGAAUUCGAACCUUGGGUUACAUCGCGUUCGAUCCUGCAGAAUGGAUCUAAGGACAGUGAUUAACACAAACCGUAAGCAUCUUCCCUUUAUAUUCAGGGCAGUUUGCGGUUUAUAGUUUGAUUUGUGUUUACUAUGAAUCUAAUUCCUAGACCUUUUUUUGAGCUGCAGGUAGUAAUGUAUUAAAUAGUGAUCCAUAAAUUAUAUAAACCUGGAAGUAAAAAGGAAGUCCUGUAGAAUGUAAAGUGGCAGUGUUUAGCUUUUUAUUCCCGUUAGCAAUAGUCUGUUCCUGUUUAUCCAGGUAAACUCUUGGAUGUUCCAACCAGAUGUUAGAAGCUAAUGUAGUUUCCAAGGUUCUUGGUUAGGAGGGGCUUAGGCUGACCACAACUCCCAGUAAGGUCUUCUUCUUAAUGGUGUCUGUAACUUGCGCUUCCUAUAACAUCGGAGUAGCGUCCGAACUACUGAACGCUGAGGGUUCUCAUUUAAUUAGGGUGACUCCAUGAGUGUGUGUAAGCAAGGACCAGGUCGGGCGCUGCGGGCUUGUAAAAGUGCAAACUGCCCCUUUCAUGUUAGCAGCCUGGGAGGAAGUGAGAGCGUGUCACUUCCUCCCUAAUAACAAUCGCGCACGUGAGGGAGAGGAGGAGAAGGCAGAGAGAAGGGGGCGCAAACAUCCAGAACCAGUCUUCCAUUCCCAACAUCAUCAGCAAUCAGAAACCACCAUCCUGAACCCAAAAUGUAGGGUGGCUAAAAAAUGACCAGCAUGUAUAUAUCAUUGUGUGUUUUUGUAUGUAUGUCGGUAUAUUUAUAUUUGUGGAUCUUUGUAAGUGUCUAUCUAUCUGUAUGUGUAAACACUCAAACUUAAAGGACAACUAUAGGCAUCCAGACCACUUCAGCUUAAAGGACCUCUAUAGUGCCAGGAAAACAAACUCAUCCAACUCCCGCCGGGCUGAAGGGGAGGAAAGGGGUUAAACACUUACCUUUCUCCAGCGCCGGGCUCCCUCGGCACUGGGGACUCUCCUCCCUCUUCCGAUGUCACUUGCUGAAUGCGCAUGCGCGUGCAUUCAGCCAGUCCAUAGGAAAGCAUUCUUAAUGCUUUCCUAUGGACGCUGGCGUCCACUGUGAAAAUCACAAUGAGAAGCGCCUCUAACGGCUGUCAAUGAGACAGCCACUAGAGGCUGGAUUAACCCAUAUGUAAACAUAGCAUAUGUAACAUAUGUAACAUAUGUAACAUGUUAAUCCUAGAUGGACCUGGCACCCAGACCACUUCAUUGAGCCUAUAGUGUUUCUUUAAUGAAGUGGUCUGGGUGCCAGGUCCAUCUAGGGUUAACCCUGCCUGCUGUAAACAUAGCAGUUUCAGAGAAACUGCUAUGUUUACAUAUGGGUUAAUCCAGCCUCUAGUGGCUGUCUCAUUGAGAGGCGCUUCUCACAGUGAUUUCCUAUGGAGAAUGCUUUCCUAUGGACUGACUGCGCGCGCAGCUCUUGCUGCGCAUGCGCAUUCAGCCGAUGACGUCCAGAGGAGGAGAGUCCCCAGCGCAGAGGGAGCCCGACGCUGGAGAAAGGUAAGAUUUUAACCCAUUAGUCCUCCAGCCCUGGCGGGUUGGGGGCCAUGAGGGUGCCUAUUAAUAGUAUAGUGCCAGGAAAACAAAAAUUUGUUUUCCUGGCACUAUAGUGGUCCUUUAAGCUCUGCGCUCAAACUCCCACUACUCUUGGGUGGCAGCAAUGAUUGUAGUACACAUCAGCCCCAAUACAUACAAUAAAAACUAAAGAAAAGGUUACUUGUACACUCUUUCAAAUCAAUUUUUACAUUUUAAAUAACCAGAAAUUUUUUUCGGUGUUGCUCAAAUAACUUCCUGUUUAACCCCUUAAGGACACGUGACAUGUCAUGGUUCCCUUUUAUUCCAGAAGUUUGGUCCUUAAGGGGUUAAAUGUGCAGAGAGAUUUGGGAUAGUGCGCAAGUAGUUUAUUUUUAUUUUUUCUGAUUUUAUUUGUGUGUGUAUCUUUGUGUUCAUGUGCAUAUCUGCAUGUAUGUCAUUGUGUCUGUAUGUAUGUCAUUGUGUUUCAGUGUGAGUAUAUGUAACUGUGCAUACAUCUUGGCAUUCAAAUUCCAACACUACAUACAAACACACCUCUGUAUUAACCCCUUAAGGAUGGAGUCAAUUGUACACAUUCUGAUCAAAACAAAACCUGGAACUUUCACUAUAUGUCUGUUCAACCAUAAUUCACCUUUUUCAUAUUAAGUGCACCCACACUUAUUGUAGAUCAUUUUGUUCAGGAGAAACUGGGCUUUCAUUUCAUAACAAAUAUUUAUAUAUGAAACAUAAUUUAAUAUGAAUAAAAUUUUAAAAACUUUGAGGAAUUAAGAAAUGUUGUUUUUCAAGUUCUGCAUGGCAUUUUGACUGUGAAUGUAAUAAUACUGUUUGCUUUUAUUACAAUAAAAUACACAUUUGUGUUCAGCUGUGUCUUACGAGUACAACAGUACCCACCCCAUGUACAGGUAACUUAAUUCUAUGUGUACCUUACUGUGUGUGUAUGCAUAUAUGUGUGUGUGUAUGUAUGUAUGUGUAUAUAUAUUAUACACACUCUCUAUGAGCGAUCACCUGGCAGGCAUAGCUGCUUGUGGAUCUGCCUGCAAGGGAACCGCCUGGGCUUUAGGCAGUCCCCCUAAUAGUGGAAAAAGACAAAAAAAUAUAUAGACUCUGUCCUUAAGGGGUUAAACUAAGUAUUUAGCUCACCAGCCACCAUAAGAUCGCUUUGAAAAGGUUUUAAACUUGCCUCUUCUCCCACACUGAUCCCAUCUCCAUGAGAUAAUCAAUCUGGAUGAUCUCAUCCAAUCCAAUGCUUCCCCAUAGGACUGUGUAAAACAGAGAUAAGGUGCACUUCUAAUGGCCCUCUGACAGCCACUAGAGGUGUUCUUUGGCAGCAGUGUAUACAAUGCCUUUUCUUGGAAAAGGCAGCGUUUACAUUUAAAAAAACAACCUGCAGUCUGAACCAUAUGUCGCCUCAAUGCAGCAUUCAUUACUUUCACCACGGUAAUCUUAUGACAUCUUACAUUUGAAAUAAACCACCCUUGUGGCUUACAUUAAUCUAGGAUUCACCCUGUAUCAGCCCCCUAAUCUCUCGUAUUCAGCUGUUCUAGAAAAUGCAAUCAUUGCAAAGGAUACUUCUCUGAAUCCACUGUCGUUUAAGGAGGUAAAUCAUGCCAGUGGAAUCAGGUCCAUCACUCUCUGCAGCAUCCAAUCGUGUUUACCAAAGCAACCCCCCCUUUUAAAAAUUUUUUAAUUUACUCUACAUUACUUACAGAAUGCUGGAAAUAACCUGUUCAUGUCACACACAAUCAGAAAUUUAAUUAUUCGGUACAGCAUAAUUUUCAAUAAUCACGAUUAACUUGGCAGUCCCUCAUACUAAUGUAUACCAUUGUGUUUACAGAGCAAGGUAAUUCGUCCUCCAAGAAUGAAAAUGGGUAUUGCUUUACCAAGGACUUGAGGGAUAAGCUUCUUGUGAGUAUGCAGGACGAAGAUUCUAUGAGGAACUCAAAGUCUGUGUCAGACUUUUCAAGCUUGUAUUCUUCAGGUAUGAAUAGUAAGCAAAGAGCAUUUUACGAAUCGGUAAAUAUUUACUGAGUAAUUUGGAGCUUAACGUGACCAAUAAUUACUGUUACCAGGGUUGUAAUGAGUAUACUUUCUCAAGGUACUAGUUGUAAUAGGCCCCAGGCUUUAAAAGAAUGUUAGUCCUGAAUGGGAUCAGACUAGUCUCCUAGCAUCUUCAGAUCUUAAUUACACAGUUCGUACACUCGAAUAUAUAGAUCAUCAUUCACAUGCGGACCCUUUAUUGUAACAGAUUGAAAGAACUAUUCAGCAAGUGUAAAUGUGCAGAUUAGUACAUUACUGAGUGUACUUGACUGUCUAUCUAGUCCAUUAAUAUGCAAAAAUGUUCACUUGCAUGAAAUAUCAGUUAAGGAAACAUAUUUUUUUUUACCCUUUAUACACAAAUUUCAGGAGAACUAAUAGAGAUGCGUACCAGUGUGCACAUGCUAAUACUUUGCUUUUUUGUGUUUUACCCUCUGACUAAUACACAAUUUUAGUAGUAACCUAGAAAAUAGGGCAGUCAUUUUGUGAACUCCUCACACUGUCUUUUUCAGCUUUAAUGUUUCAUAACCACUUGUCUGUUCUGGAGGGCAGUUGUGACUAAUGAUUUUUUUUUUAUUUUUUUCCUGUAAUGUGUAGAUAUGGGGAUUCUUAUUUUAUUAAUUUAUUACUCCUUCUUAAUCAUUGCGUAUUUACAGAUCUCUUCCCUGCAAGAAGUGGAGAGAAGCAUACAGAACAAUUUCUACUAGAGGUUUUUGAAAUUCUCUUCAAUUAUAUAAAGAAAACCUAUGAUGGUAAAAGUAAAGUUCUUGACUUUCAUCAUCCACAUCAGAUACUACAGGGUUUUGAAGGGUUCAAUUUGGAAUUGUCAGACCAGCCUGAGCCCCUGGAACAGAUCCUUGUGGACUGCAGAGACACUCUGAAAUAUGGUGUAAAGACCGGUAAUGUGUAUUUUUAUUUUUUUAACAUUUUGUAACGACCUACUGAAUUCCAGAGAUUCAGUGGAAUGGUCUGCACUACACUGCCGAAAUUACAAUAAAUACAUUAAUAUAUAUAUUUAUUGGAUAUACCCAAAUGAGAAGAUGCAUGUAUUUUAUUAUGCAUUUACUUCCACUGCAGAUGCAGUUAAAAGCUGCAUAUCUUUAGCUUCAGCGAGAUAAAGUGCUUUAGGUCUUUGGGAUGUUCCUUUAACUGUUCUGGAUUGUGUUUGUGGGGUUGUGGUUCCCUAUUCACCCCCACCCAGGUCACAAUAGUUGUAAUUCUUAUCACUAUUGUCUUGAUGUAUGUCAGAGGUCCUUAUGUGUACUGUAAAUACUUGUGUAAUCUUUCCUGCAGCACAUUUGUUACAACAAUAUAAUUGUAUUUAACAUGGAUAUAACUGCUUGAUGUGAACUUGGGAACAUGUUUAAGAAGCUAGUUGUUAAAUCAUGAUCUAGCUCAGCAUUAGGCAACCUUUGACAUUAGUGUUAUUGUAGACUCCAUGGCUGCACGAAGUGGCUUGUAGAGGAUUAAGACUUAAAAAAGAAACACUGAAGCAUAGUUUUAUAAUAUAAUCAUAUUGUAUACUUCUAUUUCUUUUUAGCACAUCCUCGGUUUUUCAACCAGCUAUCCAGUGGACUUGACAUUGUUGGCCUGGCUGGUGAAUGGCUGACUGCUACUGCCAACACAAACAUGUAUGUACUGUCAACAAUCAUGUUACAUGUAAUAUAAAUCAUUAGUCACAGUUUGUGGGUGCCUGGUCCCUUCUGUGAAUUUACUGUGCUCUUGACUGUGGCUCUGGGUGAGCUAAAUGAACAGUGUGACCUUAUCUGCCUGGGAAAUGUUAGCCAUAUAUGAGACCGUGGAUAGUACAUUAAAAAGCAUGCUUUACAACUAUCUCCUGUAAAUAUUUGUAGGCCGUGCAUGCAUUGUUACAAUAUACAGAUGAUCCUGCUGUAACUGGCAAGAGUCUGAAUUGAACAGAAAACUGUAGAUGGUAAGUCUCCAGUGGGCAUACAGGAAUGUUUGCGCACGUUGUUCACCAUAAAAAGUGCAAACAUCGAAUAGAGCUAAUCUGCAUAAACACCCAUAUUGAAAAACCAUGUGACUAUGAAUGGUAAAUUUUAAUAUUUUGACUGAAAUCUUUAUGUAACUCUUUUUAAAGCCUUUAGAGUCAGCAAAUUAGUUUCUUGUAUUGAGAUAUAUAAUUUUAAAAAAAAAAUUUAAUAACACUUGCAGUGAACACUCAAAAUUAUUUAAAUUUGCUGGAAAUAUCCAGAUUAUGAGUGCAUUGCACAUGCAGCCACCAACAUUACCUUGUAUAGAAUGGUGAUUGUAUACCGAUGUGUGGGUAGCGGCAGCAGCUAAGUAAAUCUUCCUGAAAAGUAGAACAUGGGGUCGCAAUGUGUGUAACCACAUUUAGUCAAACUAUGAUUACUUUAUCUAGGUUCACUUAUGAGAUUUCUCCGGUAUUUAUUAUUAUGGAAGAAAUUGUCCUAAAGAAGAUGUUUGAAAUUGUCGGUUGGAAGGAAAAUGAAGGGGAUGGAAUCUUCUCUCCUGGUAUGUUUGUCGUUUUGCGUGUGUGUUUCCCUCCUCCCCACCCCCAAAAAAUAAGCUUUUGUUCUACAAACCUGCCUCUUCCAGUUAUGUUGACUUUUUUUUUUUUCUUCCUCUCCUCUUACAGGUGGAACCAUUUCAAACUUGUACAGUAUUCUUGUGGCACGAUAUAAAUAUUUCCCCAUUGUAAAAACCAAAGGAAUGGCAGCUCUACCCCCGAUUGUUCUUUUUACAUCAGAACAUGUAUGUAUAUAUCCAUAGACUGUUUGAUUUUUGCAUACGUCAUAUAAAGCAAACAAUUUGUUUCUAAAGUCUUAAAUAUUAAGUGGCUUUCUGUAUAUAGUUGGUAGACUGUACUGGGGGGGGGGGAGAAAACUUUUUGUGUUUGCAACAAGUUGCAAAGAAAGGGUGGAAGAUUAGGUGGAGCAUAUUAAAUCAUAUGAACAUGCUAUGUUGUAUGUAUGGUUCCUGCCCAAAAGCCACAUGGCCAGGAAGAGGGUAACAAUUUUUUUUUUAUUUUAUUUUUUUUAUUUUAACAAGAUCUCAAUUUAACUGUUUCAAGGGAUAGGUGAUUGUUGGAUAGACGGAGUAUUGGAGUACAUAUUCUUACAGCGAACUAGUGCAUUCUACAUGCAAAAUGCUAUAUAUAUUUUGUGGCUUUACACAAUCACAAACCAAAAGUGGCUGUCUAAUACCACAAUUUAAUUAGAACAAUAUUACAAAUCUAAAUAAUUGGCUGUAUUGAUUCAUCUAAACAUGCAAUCAGAGCAACCUCCUUGUUUUAGAAAAAGGCACCUCAGAAUGAAGAUAACAUUAUACAAAAUUAUCUGGGGCCAAUAUUUGGCGCAGCCCUUCCAUAUCUUUUUGCCAAUACAAACCAUUGUCUGGAAAUCUAGUCACAAACCGGACUAUACAUGGGACACAAGGGCACACAUUUAGAUUGGAAGAAAGAAGAUUUAGCCUAAGGCAAAGAAAUGGGGUGGGUGGGUGUGUGUGUGUGUGUGUGUUUUUUUUUUUUUUUUUGUUUUUUUUAAACCGUUAGAACAAUAGGGAUGUGGAAUUCUCCACCUGAAGAUGUUGUUUUAUCAGAGUCUGUACAGAUGUUUGAGUAGCAACUGGAUGCAUACUUGCAAAAACCUAACAUUCAUUGAUUAUAAUUUUUAAAUUGUGGGGUAAUGGCUUCUUGAUCCAAGGAUAAAUCUGACUGCCAAUCUGGGAUCAAGAAGGAAUUUGUUUACUAGUUUGUUGCAAAAUUGGAAGUGGUUAAUUUUUUGUUUUUGUUUUGCCUUCUUUUGGAUCAACUGUAAUAUACCAAUAUUAGAGGCUGAACUUGAUGGACACAUUUUUCUUUUGCCUAUGUAAUUGUCCAUUGGGCAACCCCAAAGGAGCUUAUCCAUGAUCUGCAGCUUUUACAGCUGACCUCACUCUGUCUAUCAUUCUGAGUUGCUAGAUGCUUUCUUGCAUGUGUAGUAAUAGACAGUACAUGAAAAGUUCUGUGCUGCAGAAUUCCUGAGUGGUGGCUGACUUUAUUUCCGUCUUGUAGCAUUUAAAUUCUACAUGCUACAGGGAAAUGCUCUUCAUGUUCUGCCUUCCACUAUGUACAGUUGACAUGGAGGAUAUGACCAAAGUGCUCACCACCCAUGUGGAUGUCUGUCCUGUUACUUACCAUACUUCCCCUUAACAAUAUCGUCCGAACUUACUGGCACAUUCAGUUCCUACAACAGACAUCCUAUCUUCUGUGAAAGUGCGUUGUAUCUUAUGAAAAAUUCUCUAUUAAAUGUCUGAUAUUUCACCAAAGUGCUGACAUGCCUGAGUCAGGACUUUCCAUGUAAGUCAAAUGUUGUGUAACCUCUGAUAGCCUUAGGCUGUUUGAUGCCUUGAAAGUAAUAUUUGUGUUCUGACUUCAUGGUGAAGGGUGGAGUCUGCAAUUCUAUAUUUCAUAACUCCCUUUAUAGUAACUUGUAAAAUGAGCGUGAACCAAUGCUCUCUCAUAUAUUGCUUCUUUUCUUCAAAUUAACAUUGUGUGCAGCCUUCUAAGAAUUAAGGACAUCUGAGUAGUUUGUGUAAAUGUAACAGACUGCUGCAUGGUCCUAAUGGUUCAAAUAGAAAGCCGAUUGUCCAGAACAAACCUACAAGAAAUUGGUACUGUUUUGUACCCUCAAGACUUUUAUCAAGGGUUUGAUAAAGGCCUUGAGGAGAAAAAAAUAUCACCAAUUUACUUGCGCAUCUUAAUACAGGAUUAUAAUUAUUGAAUGUUUGUAUUGGGAAAAUCAUUUUCUAUUUGAUAAUACAUGUGACUACUGUUUAGGAUGGUGUCUGUGCACCCUGGGGGUUUCCCUGUGUCCUUCGUCUAGCUUUAUAUGGCUUAGUGUUUAAAGGAACACUCUAAGCAUAUAAAGCACUUGCACAAUCUGUUUAAUUUUGAAUGUGAAGUUUCACAGCAAAGGGAGUUGUGGCUAAGACUACAAAAUGUGACACAUUAAAGUGAUUUAACUCCUAAAUGGCAGAUAAUUGGGCAGCAAUAUGAUCUGUAAACCAAAAAACUGCUUCAUUAAGCAAAAGUUGUUUUGAUUCCUAUAAUGUCCCCUUAACGCCGUUACGGCAUUCUAUGCCGUUGCAGCUUUAAAGGGCUUUAAAGCCGUUGUGGCGGCAUAAAACGCCGUAACAGCUUUGAGCCCCAGGGAUCACAGCUACUUACCUCCGCUGCGAUCCUCUUCUGGAGGGCUGCCUGACAGCCCAGGCAGCCCUCCCCCGGCGAAUGAGGCCCCCGGGGGCCAUGUGAUCGCUCUCAAAGAGCGAUCACAUGGCCCCCUAUAGCUGGCUGUGGAUCUGCCAGCAGGGGGACUGUCUGAAAAAUCAGACAGUCCCCCUGCUGGUGGAAAGUGUAAAAAAAAAAAAAAACUGCACUUUUAUGGACUAUUAUUGUUGUAAUAUAUUUUACUGUUUUAAAACACUAAUAUUUGUGUUUAGUGAAGUCUCCCGAGAAUAACAAUACCCCCCAUGUACAGGUUUUAUUGUGUUUUGGAAAGUUAGAGAGUCACAUAUAAGGCUUGCAUUUCAUUUUUUUGACAUUGAAAUUUGCCAGAUUGGUUAUGUUGCCUUUGAGACCGUAUGGUAGCCCAGGAAUAAGAAUUACCCCCAUGAUGGCAUAUCAUUUGCAAAAGUAGACAACCCAAGGUAUUGCAAAUGGGGUAUGUCCAGUCAUUUUUAGUAGCCACUUAGUCACAAACACUGGCCAAAUAUUAGUUUUGCUUUUUUUCACACAAAAACAAAUAUGAACGCUAACUUUGGCCAGUGUUUGUAACUAAGAGGCUACUAAAAAAGACUAAACAUACCCCACGUUCAAUACCUUGGGUUGUCUACUUUUUCAAAUGGUAUGCCAUUAUGGAGGUAAUUCUCAUUCCUGGGCUACCACACCGUCUCAAAGGUAACAUUACUAAUCUGGCAAAUUUCAAUUUGAAAAUGGAACGUUCUAUAUUUGACCCUGUAACUUUCCAAAACACCAUAAAACCUGUUAAUGGGGGUACUGUUUUACUCGUGAGACAACGCUGAUUACAAAUAUGGGCAUUUUUUUGCAGUAAUACUUAAAAGUAUUAUGACAUUUACAGCUAAAAUGUGAGGUGGAACGACAUAUUUUUUAAAAAAUUUAACAUUUUUCUGUUUUUUUAAAUUUUAUUCAUAAUAAAUUAUGUUUCAUAUAUAAAUAUUUGAUAUGAAAUGAAAGCCCUGUUUCUCCUGAACAAAAUGAAGCUGUGUGUUUUUUUUUUUGUUUGUUUUUUUUAGAACUAUUGCAUCCUUUAUGUGUGUGUAAUAAAAAUAUAUAUAAUACAAUUUUAAGUAACAGUGCCAUCUUGUGGAGUAAAAUGGAGUACUGGACUUGCUUGAUGUAUCAGGAGUAGGCUGAGCUUCAUUCGCCUGGUCUUGAAACAAUUCAGUUUUCAGUUAUCCCAUUUGAACCAGCUCUGUAGUAUUGCCUAAUUUACCUGAAAUUUGAUAAAUUUGCCUUCCAAUGCAAAUCUCAUCAGUAUCCCUGUUAAAAUAUAAUGCAACCUUUUUAUCCAUUCCAUUUCUUCGAGAAAUAAAAUGGACGCAUAAUCAUUUGGCAGCUGUGUAAAUGUGUAUAUUGUGAGAACAUAAUGUUGGUUUGGUUUGUAUCCUUCCACAUGACUUAUCUAUACAUGUUUAUUACGGUUACAGAGCCACUAUUCUUUUGAGAAAGCAUCUGCAGCUCUUGGCAUUGGAACAGAGAAUGUGAUUGCUGUGAAGGGUGAUGAAAGGUAAGCUUUUAAAUAGCCAUUGUUAAAUACAAACCUUUUUCCCAACCCAACAAAGCCACCAAGUAGAAAACCAAACUAGAAGUGUUUUGUUGCCAAAUCCUACUCUAUGUAUUUUUUUUUUUUCCCUUCACUUUAAAAGGAGAGGUUAACCCCAUCAUAUAUCACUAUUAAUAUGCAUGAACAAUGUCCGGGUGCAUGACUUAAAAAUGUUGCGUUUUACAAAGAGCAAAUUGUCAAACCAGCAUAUGCUGGAAUACUUUGGCCUUGUUUACCUGCCAAGCUAAAAUGUAUCUGCUAUUAUCUUUGAAUCUCCUUGGGGUUACAAAGUCAAACUCACUCUUACUGCAUGCUUUAUUUACAAAAAAAGCUGAAAGAUGCUACAUGGAUCUGUAGGUUUAUUUAUUUUUUUUCUUUAUUUUUGUCACUUGACAAACUCUGUUUGGUAAAUGAAUGCACUACCUGUAACCUAUUCAGCCUCACCUUGCGGCAUUUGCGCCCGGUGGCCGUGCGUCUGUGUACCUGACUCCUGCAACAUGUUGAUGGACGCCGGCCCCUGCAGAUCCAUGCCAAAUUCUAGCCCCACGUUGAUGACUAUAUCGCCGUGCGUGUGAUGUCACGCGGCAGACGCUCACGUUCUGAGGUCAAAGGUCGAUAAUUUUUUUUUUCCCGGCCAGUCAGAGCUAAAAUAAGCUUAUUUAAACUCCUUAUGCCUUUUUUCAUCAUUACCCUGUCGUGGUUUCCCUAGUGGUUGUCCGGGAGUAUGUUUCUGAGCGUAUAGUUCUGGUUAUUGACUUUGGCUUCGUAUUGACUUCCCUGUAUCCUGGUAUCCCUGACUUCUGGCUUUCCCUAAUCGUUUGAAAUAAUGAAAAAGUGGAAAACACCCAGAAUACGUGUAGGUUACUAUAUAAAAUAUAUAACAACCUGAUGGAAAGUGAAAUCCGUAUGAAUUCUGUAUAAAAAUCAGAAAUUUGACAUAGCGUGAUACAGUUAAGUAAUUCAACUUUAUGAAUAAAAAUGAUUAUAGAUGCACUCACAAACGCGCGUGAAAUAGAGCUUCUCGCCCACCCAGGGGCAGUAUGUAAUCCGAUGGAUGAAUUAGAGAAUUACCUCAUGGGAUAUAUAAAAAUAAAGGAAAAAACAGAAUAGUGAAGUUUGUUAUAAAAAGUACAAAAUCACAUUUAUUGGUCACACUUACAUGUGUGUAAAUCACAAAGAGCGUAUCUCUCAAUAACUUGGAACUCCAUGCAAUGUUGUUAUCAAUCCAGGAAUAGGGAUGAACAGGAGUAGUUAUAAAUGAGUAGCCAAAAAUACAAAUAAAACAAUUAAAACAAUAUAAAAUAAGUCCAAUAUAGAAAUCCAACGCGUUUCGUCCUGUAGGGUGUAGGACUUCAUCACCCCUGAUGAAGUCCUACACCCUACAGGACGAAACGCGUUGGAUUUCUAUAUUGGACUUAUUUUAUAUUGUUUUAAUUGUUUUAUUUGUAUUUUUGGCUACUCAUUUAUAACUACUCCUGUUCAUCCCUAUUCCUGGAUUGAUAACAACAUUGCAUGGAGUUCCAAGUUAUUGAGAGAUACGCUCUUUGUGAUUUACACACAUGUAAGUGUGACCAAUAAAUGUGAUUUUGUACUUUUUAUAACAAACUUCACUAUUCUGUUUUUUCCUUUAUUUUUAUAUAUCCCAUGAGGUAAUUCUCUAAUUCAUCCAUCGGAUUACAUACUGCCCCUGGGUGGGCGAGAAGCUCUAUUUCACGCGCGUUUGUGAGUGCAUCUAUAAUCAUUUUUAUUCAUAAAGUUGAAUUACUUAACUGUAUCACGCUAUGUCAAAUUUCUGAUUUUUAUACAGAAUUCAUACGGAUUUCACUUUCCAUCAGGUUGUUAUAUAUUUUAUAUAGUAACCUACACGUAUUCUGGGUGUUUUCCACUUUUUCAUUAUUUCACAUUAUUUCUUGGGUGUCUGUGAGGUACACCUAGGAAUUCUUCCAGUUAUACGUUUUAUUUUGUAGUGUAUAUACUAUUUUCUGUUUCCCUAAUCGUUGUCUCUUUCUGUAUCCCCGACCUCGGCUAGUAUUCUGACUAUUCUCUGGUACCUUUUGGUCCGGCCAUUAUAAGGCCCGGUAAGACGUUACCUUUUAGUCCUAGGUGUGACACAAUUCUACGUGCUGGAUCAAAUAGUAAUACUGACACUACUAUACAUGGGCAUUAACUUCUUGGAAAAUAUCAUGGUCUGCAGGAUCUAUCAGACCUAACCCUUAAACUCUUAUACAGAUUGCUAUAUAGCAAUAUCUAUAUGCACUGGUGAUCUAUUUUGUCAUAAAGGAUACAUACAAUGCUCCUGACAACAAGCCAAUAAAUCUUUACACUAUAUGAUCUGAUUCUUUACACUUUUAAUCCUUUCUCUGUAGUUAGAUUAGAGACAUGGGAGUUCAAUUGGCAAAUUUGAUUAAAUUAUGAUAUCCUUUAAUAGAUUCCAAAAUAAAUUUACCUUAUCGUUGUAAUGUUUAUCACAAAUGUAUCUCAUUAAUAUAUGCAUGUUAUUUUAAUAAUUGUUUUUUAUUUUGGUCAGGGGGAAGAUGAUUCCAUCUGAUUUGGAGGCAAAAAUACUAAAGGCUAAAGCAGAGGUUAGUGGACUUUGUGGUGUGUGUGUGUGUGUGUGGUGUGUUUUUUUUUUUUUGUUUUUUGUUUUUUUUUGUGUUUUUUUUAAUACUGAUUUUUGUAUCACUGGCGGUUCUAGUGGGGAGUGAACUCUAGCCUGGGCUAGCGUUCACUCUCACAAGAACUGAGCGUGCCAUGGUAACUGCGGCACCGCUCCAGGCUCGCGAAAGGGGGACCCAGGGAAGCUGCAAGCUAGAGCUCCCGGGUCUCCUCUCCCUCCCAUGCCAGCAGACUGGUGAGGGAGAUCUCUGAUCUCCCCUCUGGUCCAUGAAGGCACACGCCACUUUUGUAUACUGAUUUUGUAUGUCCAAGGUAAUAACUGAAAUGGUGGUUGUGAUUUAAGAAAAUAAAUAAAUUUAUAUUUAAAAAAGAAAAGAGAAUUUUCUUCCUCCCUGGGGGUGGGGGGGCAUUUAUUUAAUAUGCACUGGAACGGACUGAUUGUGAUAAAUGUCACAUCCUUUGUAUUUAAAGAUGGGAUAACCCAGGUGUGAAAGACUGAGUACGUGGAUGCCAUGGCCAUAUUAUCAAUCUGCUGUUACUUAUAUUUAGCACCUAAAUGCAGUCUCCAUUCAGUCUAAGCUUGACAGGAGAUCCGGCAUCAUAUGAACUUUCCCACUACAAGGAGAAAGUGGACUAUACCACAUCAGACUUUUUUUUUUUUUUUGCUCCUUUUGCCCAUCAAUGCCUGUUGAAGGGUGUAAUAUCCACAUUCUUUCAAUCUGGCAGAGUUUAUCGUUUGGUUAUGAGGAACCUAAUGACCUUUUUAGAAAUGCAGUUAAUCAUAACUAGGUUUUAUUUAAUUUAAUACCCCCACCCAUUCUUCUUUAUCAGUUUCAAAUAUUACAACAUCUGGAAUAACUGGACUAAGAAUGUUUCAAACUGUAAAUUUGCUUUUCCAAGCACAUUAAUUUAAUGUAUGAAGCGGAUUUUUGUGCAUCAUGCUCUUAUGGAGUUAUUUCGUAAAGUGAGAAGGGUCAGGAAAUCCUAGUGAAAUUUAAAUUUUAAGGCCAAUGUAGCCAAUCUGGAAACCUAGCUUAAAACUUAAAUUUGAAAAUCACUUUGAAUUCCUGGCAAUUCUCACUUUAGUAAAUAAACUUGUUAAAAUGUGACUUUGUGUAAAAUAUACUGUGUGUGUUUGUGUAUAAUUUAAAAAAACAAAACUUCUCUCUAAUAUUACUCCUGUUAUUCUCAGGGAUUUGUUCCAUUUUAUGUCAGUGCCACUGCUGGGACAACUGUAUAUGGAGCGUUUGAUCCUAUAGAAGACAUUGCCGACAUUUGUGAGAAGCACAAUCUCUGGAUGCAUGUUGAUGUAAGACAAAUGUUUGCGCUUUUCAACUCCUAUGUCUGUUCAGUCAAGAUUAAAGUUCAUGAUAAUGCAGUAAAGUGUGUAUUUUAUUUUCCAAAAAAACCUACAUAACACCCACUUAAGUCCUAUCCUGGUCAGUUGAAGUCAGUGUUGCAGAAAUGAUGCUUAAUGUAUUCUAGUCUCUUGAAUGGGGAAAUGGGCUACAUUAGCGUAUUGAAUGAGCAAAGUGCCCCGAGAUUUAGCACCCUCCACUUCUCAUCUCGAAGCGACGAGCCAGUAAUACUGGAAAGACCAGUCCAACUUCUCCCUGGGGUCUUCAAUGGCACAGUGAGCAUUCUAAGAACCAUCCGACUAGCUUUAGCUCACAGUCCAGUAGUCGCCUGCAACUUCACAUCCAAGUCCCAGCUGAAUCCAAACAGAGCCUCCAAAAUGUCUCUUCCCUUGCCGGCCACUCAUCAGAGUUUGGUGGUAUACAGCCUAUAAACUACCUGUCAGUUAGAGAUCUCCUCAUUCCGAUUCUGCAGGGCUCGCAAGGGGGGCACUCUCUCAAGGAUUAUGCGCUCCAGCACUAACUUAAUCCACCAGUUCAGAGACAGGGCAUCUGUAUCCAGGGCUAUAAAUAAAUAGCAGAGUUCAAUAGUCUUAAAUACUUUUAAUUUAUACGUUCUUUUUUUAUUUGAUAGGCUGCAUGGGGUGGUGGAUUACUGCUGUCAAAAAAGCACUGCUUUAAACUGAAUGGCAUUAAAAGGUAAGUUAGACAUAAUAAUGAAAACCUAAUAACCUUUUAUAGAGAUUACUUUUUUAUUGUUGCUGUUUUUGUAUUGUAGGGCAAACUCUGUUACAUGGAAUCCUCAUAAAAUGAUGGGUGUUCCCCUGCAGUGUUCUGCAGUCCUCACACGGGAAAAGGUAAACUACUAGCAUGUGUACUGUGAAGAUUGCAAUAUUGUCUAACAAACCUAACCAGAAAUGCUGCACUAGCAAGCAGUUUGUAUUAAAACUUUUUUUGUUUUUGACAGAAGACUUUGUUCUGUUUUUUUUUUUGUUUACCCUGCAACAUAAUUGUAUAACUUAUCAAUUGGGAAGCAAACUAAGCUAACUGAUAAUCACAUUCAGAGUGCAAUUUGCAAAGACCUACUCCAUGGGGCUAAGCAUUCUCUAAUGGCCUGUUGUGUGUGUUUUUUUUUUUGUUUGUUUGUUUUUUUUUUCCCACUGACUGUAUAGAAAAGGGGGGAAAAAAAAGUACACUCUGAAUUUUAUGGUUUUACAUAUUUGACAAUCUUUCUUCUGUUCCUUAGCAGUUCCUAAAAUUUGUGGUCUGGACUUUGACUGUGCCAUUGCAACACCUUGAUUCUUUUCUAUUUCAGUCAUUUUGUUGUAGAUUGGCUCAUGUGCUUAAGAUCAUUGUCUUGUUCCAUGAACCAAUUUUGGCCAAGCUUUAGCUGUUGGACAGAUGGCCUCAUGCUUGUCUCUAGAAUACUUUGGUGCACAUAGGAGUUCGUGGUCUACUCAAUGACUGCAAGGCUCCCAGGUCCUGUAGCUGCAAAACAAUCCAAAAUAUCACCCUCUACAACCGUGCUUGACCAUUGGUAGGAGGUGUUUGUGCUGAUCUGCUAUUUGGUUUUCACAAAACACGACCAUGUGCAUUAUAGCCAGACCUCUCCACUUUGGACUCGUCUGUCCAAAGGCUAUUGUUCCAGAAGUCUUGUGGUUUGUUCAGAUGCAACUUUGCCGUACUGCCAUGUUCUUUUUAGAGAGAAUGGUAGUCUCCUGGCAACUCUUCCAAACAAACCAUACCUGUUCAGUCAUUUUCUAAUUUUACUGUCAUGAACUUUAGCACUUAAAAUGCAAACUGAAACCUGUAGAGUCUGAGAUGCAACUGUUUGUGUUUUUUGCAAUUUCUCUGAGCAUUGGGGUGAAUUUGCUGAGAUAACCAUGCCUGGGAAGAUUGGCAACAGUCUUGAAUGUUUUUUCCACUUCUGAAAAAUCUCCCUCUCCCUCUCAGUGAUUUCUGUGGGAAAAGCCAAGUGCUUCCUUGGUCAGUGCUGCACAUGAUGUUCUGCAUGGAGACGCAGAACAUUAUUCAUAGAUAUGCAUUGAUUCAAUGUAUCUCUGAGGAGAUGCUGACUGGCCAGAUUGGUUUUUGGCUCUGCUCCCCACAUCCCACUAGCUCCUUGGCUGAGAUCAUCAGAAUUGACCAUAUCUGCCAAUUCUGAUGAUCUCCGCCAAGGAAGCAGGGCGGAGACAAAGCAAGCGCUGGUCGGCCCGUGUCGCACUGGAAUAAAGACAAGAUUAAACCCUAUUUAAUAGGGACUGCCCAUCUAAUUAGUACUUUUAACACUAUAGGGUCGGGUAUAGAUGUUUGUAUUCCUGACCCUAUAGUAUUCCUUUAAAGUAAAAAAUAAUAAUAAUAAUAAUAAUAAUAAUAAAAAUUUUUUUUUUUUUAUAUAUAUAUAUAUAAUAUAUAAAUUUCUUUACUGAACAUAACCUUUUAGGGUUGAAUUUUAGAUCUUAGAGGUUAUCAAAUCAAGCUAUAUUGUCAAGUCACAUAAUUCCAGAGUCUCUAGAAUGCAAAAUUAAUCGUGAAUAACACUAUAAAUUGUGGGUUGACUAUUUUGUACAAAAGUUGGCACACCUCUAAAUGGGCCCCAUACCAAAUGGAGUGAAGCCAUAAGAUGCUGUAUGGGGCCUUUUUAAAAGGUCAAAAUCUGGACAUUAACAAUGCCUGGAUUUUGCAGAGACUGCUCCAAAUGAGCCUGAAUUUCAUCUGCACCCAACUAUUGGGUUGCUGAAAUCCAGACUUGGAUUGUUAAAAUCUGGGUCUGGAUUCAAAACAAAUCAGAACGAUUUGCCUGCUGGCAGUGCGAUCAGCCAAACCUUUAACCCUUAACAGGGCAACUGUUGGCAGAGUGGGUGUAAUGGUAUUUAUUAAUUAAUGACUUUACAUCAUAAAGAAAGCAUAUUUAGUGUAAUGCUUUGGGGGCACCACUAGGGGGAGUGUGUAGGAAGACAUGUGCUUCUGGCAGUGACAUCACAGGCCAGCCUACUUACACUGAAUAAAACCAGAUGGAGGAGAAAACUCUGUCCCUUUGCCUGUAACUGACUGAACCUAAGAUGUAGUACCAGCUCUGACUUAACCCCAGCCAAAGGGCUGGGGCCUUGUAAGUAAAUGAAUCCAUAGUAACAUUUAGCAAUUGUAAUAGCCUUUUGUAAGUAAUAUGUUGUAGUUUUGUAUUGUAUCAUAAUUGUAGUAAAUUGACAUUCUGCUGGCAUCUGUUUAUUUGUUAUAGUUAUAUUAAAUAUACAUUUACUAUUACAACGUUUUGUGUAUUUUCUAUCCACAUAUUCGACCAUAAUACCAUGAAUUCUAAAAAUAUUAAUGUUGUUCCGUAUUGCUUAAUUAUUAUGUAUUAAGAGAUUAAUAUUCAUAUUUAGGUCACGACCACAACAGUGGUUAUAUUAAUAUUCACACGGUGGGUCUCAAAACUUUUUUUUUUUUUUUGGGGGGAUUGAUUGGUUGUAAAAAGCACUGAUGUGUAUCCAGCUGUCUGGUGUAGAUUUGGUUGGGUUCUACUAUUCCAACUGAAAUGAGCUGUAGUAAAUGAGCAUUGCCAUUCUCGUUGGAACAGAUUUUACAUUGACAUGCAUUUUCCCCUUCCCCACCACAUUAUCAGUAAAAUUAUCUUAAAAUAUUUGUGUGUUUUUGUUUUAGGGUCUUUUGCAGGCAUGUAACCAAAUGCAAGCUACAUAUCUGUUCCAGCGUGACAAACACUAUAAUACAGCUUAUGAUACAGGAGACAAGACAAUCCAGUGUGGAAGACAUGUUGACAUCUUUAAACUUUGGCUCAUGUGGAAGGCAAAGGUAAGAACUUUACACUGUGUAUGCAUGCGGUGAGCGCAUAAGUGAUGUAAUCUACAUCAACCAAAUUGCCUUGAAGAAAUUUAUUAAAAGGACUAAAACAUUUUUCUGCAGAAAAUCUAAAGUUGGAAAUGGAGUUGAUGACUUAAACAGAAACUUAUGACUUCUAAUAUUAAACACCGCACAUCCCUAAUAUGAAGCAAGGUUACAUGCACAAAAGUAUAAAGGCUUGCAGCUUUCCUUUAGCUUAAAGAGAUGGGGGAUGCUAGGGCUGAAGAUUGAAUUUCAUGCAUGUUUACACUUGUCUGAAUAUCCACAUGGUAAAAUAAGACCAUCAUGUGAUUAGAGGAAAGACCUAACCAUAUGUAAAAUGUUGUUGGAUUUUUUUUUUUUUUUUUCCCCAUUUAAUUUUAGGGUACAAGUGGCUUUGAACAUCAAAUAAAUGGUUGUCUGGAACUUGCGCUGUAUAUAUACAAAACUCUAAAGACAAAAGAGAACUUUCAACUAGUCUUUCCUGAAGAGGUAACGUUUAGUGAAUCCCUUCUUCAUAAGUCUACAGAUGUAAAGUGGUGGGUGUGCUGUUGUGGAGGGGGAGGGGGGACGGGACGAUAUAUAGUUAUAUAUUUAACUAUGGUUCUUCUUUAAAAAGAACAUAAUCUGUUGGUUGUUGCCUUGCAGAGGCUAUGUAUAAAGUACUGUUCACUUAUGUACAAAGCCUUUGUCCAAUGAAGGGAAAACAUUACUGCAAUAAUUAUGUAAGGGGUAAGACACAUUGUAUACUUUUUUACUUAUUUGAUGUUUUUCCCUUGUGUCUUAGCCUGAACACACCAAUGUCUGUUUCUGGUAUAUUCCACCAAGUUUAAGAGGAAUUCUGAAAGAUUAUGAAUGGAAAGCAAAACUGCAUAAGGUAAAGUGUGUGGGGAGGGGUGGGUAUAAUAUAUAUAUAUUUUUUUUAUAUAUAUAUAUAUAUAUAUAAUUUUUUUUUUUUUUUUUUCUGAAUCCCCAAAGUGGAACAUAUGUCCUUAAAUAUAAACCAUUAAAAAAAAUAAAAAUUCAUAUAUAUAUAUAUAUAUAUAUAUAUAUUUAUUAUAAUUUUUUUUAUUAUUAUUUUUCCCCCCUCUUUCAGGUUGCUCCCAUGAUUAAAGCACAUAUGAUGGAAGAAGGCGCAGUGAUGGUUGGAUACCAGCCACUGGGUGACAAACCUAACUUCUUCAGAAUGGUAUUUUCAAACCCAGCAACUACAAAAUCUGAUGCAGACUUCCUCUUAGAAGAAAUUGAAAAACUUGGGGAAAAUAUCCAAUUUAUGUAAUCUCUAAAUGUAUCUCUUGAUGUUAUAUUUUUGUGUACAUUGUUUUUAAUCUUUAUGGUUUUUUUUAUUUUAUUUAUUAAAGUUUUUUUUUUUUUGUAAGGAUUUUUUUUUCUGAGAGAAUUAGAGCUUGGUCCCCGCAGGUACUAGUAGGGGUGCAUAAACUGUGUAACACCAUGCACUCAGGCAUGUUGCCAGUGGGAGAAACUUCUCCAAUAUAGGUGAAUUAGACCUUUAGCAACAUUAGGGAUUCUGAACGAUUUCAUAUAAUUUUUGGCUUUUUUUAGCAUUUUACAGUUUAUAUUUUUACUUAAAUGUCCUUAAAGCACAUUUUAUGACUUAAGAGGAUUUGUAAGUAUUCUUUCUUUCCCCAAUAUCGCCGCUCUUGAUCAGGGGCUUCAGUUGUCAAAACUUUUUGCCAAAUAUAUGUUGCUCUGUAGGCUUCCACAGCUCUGCUUGGAUUACUAUUUUGUGUGUGUAUAUUUUUUUUUAAAUUUUACUCAGUAAUACUGUAUAGGUUUUUCUAAUUAUGUAAAUAUCUACAGAUCACUGCAUAUAGCCAUAGGUCUAAAAACAUCUAACAUAACCAGAACGUUACUGUAUAUGAAACUGCAUGAAAUGUUCAUGGGAUUAUGUUAAUGUAGGUGCUAUAACCUUAUUCUUCCCGCGUUCUGAUGUUUACAUUUUUUUUAAUGUCUGAACAUUACUUUUAUGUAGAGUCUGUAUUUAAUUGGUAAAUGUGGUGUGGAAAAUUAAAUGUAACUUUAUAAUAG